UGAUUGCCCACCCAUUGUGUGACAGAUUGAAGUAAACAUGACAGGUCUUGUCCGUCACGUCUCAUCAACUGGACGACACAGCAACCAGCAGCUCGUGAAAUACUGUCAGAAACAAGACAAUAAAUUAUUAACCACCGCACACGAUCCGGCGCCAAAAAUAUAUAUAGAAUUGUAUUUAUCAAUGGAACCCUGAAACCAAGCGUCGUAAUGCAUUUACGAUGAAGAUGAUCAUCCUUUAUGAAACUCGUUGACAUGAACAGCCACUAGCGCAGCAGACCUCAGCAUCAUGGCGCUAGAUGGUCCCAAGGUGGUCACAUUCUGCAUUCUAGGCUUCACCGCGCUGUUUCUGAUCACCGGUCUCGGGCUUAUCAUAUUCGGCUCCACCCUGACCACGCCCUUCGGCGAGUACUUCUCGUUGCGAAAGGACGCGUUUGACACCCAAGUCGGGUUACGUGUCGGUCUGAUACUCCUUAUCCUGGCCAUAUCUGCGGUCACUAUCCUUGGCGCCUUUAAACAGAACAACAGGGUCCUCACCAUACUCGCGGUUCUAUUCUUUGUGAUAUUCGUAACGGAGAUAUCUCUUGGCGCCAACUCGCUUACUCUGAGGAAUGAAGGUAUCUCAAAGUCGUCAACAUCAGCCAGCGGUCUUCAGCUGCUGAGUAUCUAUGGAGAACACCCAGGCGUGACGGAAAUGAUUGACAACACUCAAAUGGGUUCAAUGUGUUGUGGCGUGACGGACUACAGGGAUUGGUUUACUUCCGGUUGGGCUGCUCGGCAGGGCGUGAGUAACCGAGUACCUAGCUCGUGCUGCAAGGUUCCUGUGCCUACGUGCGGAUGGGACAUGGACGUCAAAAACCCUGUCGACGUCAUCAACAUUAUCGGCUGCAGCGGCCUCAACUACGCACAGAACGACAGACUACGGGUCAUCGGCGGCGGAGGACUGGGACUAGCCUUCGUUCACUUGCUUUCUGUUCUCUCUCUUAUUAUUUUCUGCUUUUGCUUCAACACGGUCGGGGGACUGAGCCCGAUAGAUGCCUUAAAAGGCAAAGAAUCGGAAGUGCAAUCAGGGGGUGGCGAUUCAGAGGGACCCUUGAAAUCAGGUCCCUUGGGUCCAGGUUCUUCGCCGAAGAAAAAAAGGAAACCCAAGGCUGUUCAGGAGCCUUUUGAAGAUGACGAUGAUUUGCCAGAAAACUAUUCUAAAGACUUAUUGGAUAAGUCAAAGUAAAUACAGCAAAAGUACUCUCCUAGCAUAACUUUUCGAGACAUGAAAGUUGAACUUUCUGUGUCGAUCAUUCCUUUUCGAGACAUGAAAGUUGAACUUUCUUUUUCAAUCAUUCCUUUUCGAGACAUGAAAGUUGAAAACUCUGUCGAUCAUUUCUUUUCGAGACAUGGAAGUUGAGCUUUCUCUGUCGAUCAUUCCUUUUCGAGACAUGAAAGUUGAACUUUCUUUUUCAAUCAUUCCUUUUCGAGACAUGAAAGUUGAACUUUCUGUAUCGGUCAUUCCUUUUCGAGACAUGAAAGUUGAACUUUCUGUAUCGGUCAUUCCUUUUCUAGACAUGAAAGUUGAACUUUCUGUAUCGGCCAUUCCUUUUCGAGACAAUGAAAGUUGAACUUUGUAUCGGUCAUUCCUUUUCGAGACAUGAAAGUUGAACUUUCUGUAUCGGUCAUUCCUUUUCGAGACAUGAAAGUUGAACUUUCUGUAUCGGUCAUUCCUUUUCGAGACAUGAAAGUUAAACUUUCUGUAUCGGUCAUUCCUUUUCGAGACAUGAAAGUUGAACUUUCUGUAUCCGUCAUUCCUUUUCGAGACAUGAAAGUUGAACUUUCUGUAUCGGUCAUUCCUUUUCGAGACAUGAAAGUUGAACUUUCUGUAUCGGUCAUUCCUUUUCGAGACAUGAAAGUUGAACUUUCUGUAUCGGUCAUUCCUUUUCAAGACAUGAAAGUUUAGUUAGGAGACUGUAUCAAAGGUAAAUAUCUGCAAACCCCGAUAAUUAGAGCUAUCUAAAGAAUAAGCGCGUGGAUGGGAUUACAGGGAAAUAACAGUAUCCACAGUAUAGUCACAGUAUAGUUUUUGAAGGAAGCAAAUUAAGAGGUUAUUAAUAAAGUAUCGCAGUUCGAAUUAUCGGGGUGUAUGCGAGAACUGGUUUAUGGCGAUUGGAAAACCUGUUUAUUUUAUGGUGCAUUGCAAGGAAAUAUACAUAUUCAUUUGUAUAUUCAUAAAUAUACAUAUAUCCCCCCUCCAUCCCCCACGCGAAGAAGUUUUCUCAUAAGGCGCCCACGCUUGAAUUAUAUUUAAAAAAAUCCCCGAUAGGAAUAUGUUUAUAAAAAUUCCAUGGCAGUACGUGCGUUUUGUCCGGCAAAUUUCACUCGUAAUGAGGACGGCGUGACAUUUUAUUAGUCAUAAUCAUUUGUCAAGCUGUUCAUCUUCCGGUCUACUUGAUCACUAAACACCAGUGUAUAAUUGUAAAAAAUGUGAUAUGUAUAAUAUUGUAAAAUAAAAGAAUCAUAGAAUAA